CUGUACUGGAGCAACGGGAUUAAAGAUCCCGGUGGAGUGAUUCUCUGCGGCGGGUGUGGGAGUGAUACACCUAGCUCCAGCUGCGAGAGCGGGUUGAGUACACCUAUAUUGAUGAAGGAAAGGGAUGAUGAUGUUGUGGAGGGAGGAGAGCCGCAAGAAGAACAACAACAAGAAACCAAAGGUCGGACCGAGUUGAGAAGGUUCGGGUUCACCCCAAGGGAAUCGACCCCUUGCCGGUUGAUGAUCAGCAUAGUCGAGAUGCCGCUCUACUUGCCUCGUAGGUUGACAAUCCCGGUUGUUUGCGAACAAAGAUGGUCGAGACCAAUCACGAUUGCUUCGUUAAUCCUAUCCCCGAUCCUGCUAUCCACGCUCUGGGUAGCUCAAUACGAGAAUCCCCAGUUCGAAACAUGUGUUUCGGUUUAUGGAAUAGGGUCGUUGAUUGGGAUCACAUUAGGGGUACUAGCCUUUCUCACCACUGAAGAAUCCACCCCUCCAGAGAAAUGCCUGCUGCUCUGGUUAGCGGGAGGGUUCUUAAUGAGCGUGACGUGGAGUUACAUCACGGCUCAGGAGUUGGUCGCAUUGUUGGUCUCUCUAGGCUACAUAUUCGGCAUCAGCCCUUCGAUCUUGGGGCUUACCGUCCUAGCGUGGGGGAACUCGCUCUCCGAUCUGAUAACCAAUUCGACCAUGGCGAUCAACGGUGGCUGGUUCGGACUUCUGGGUCGCUCCAAUUGUUAUGACCACAAUAGCUUGUAG